GUUUGCGCAGCGCUCGCAGGCGAGCAGCAGUCCAAACAGAAAACCUCUUUUAUUUGGUACUUCCUACGGCAGAUUUCCUCCGCUUGCGGUGUUUUCAUAUUUACUAGAAUAAGUACUUCUUCUUCACACUUGCAUCCCCAUCAGUUAUUGGUGUGGUGGUUCGUGUGUUUUGGGCUGCAGGGUGGUCCGUUUGGGUUCGGGUGCUGCUUAGAUCACGUGUAGUUGCGUGAAUACUGUUCGAAUUCACCGUUCUGACUUAAUGGAUCUCUUCUGAGGAAAUAUUCUAUGUAACAAUUAUUUGCAGGUCGAUAAUCGCCGGGGCUGGGCCGCUUGCUGGGAUUGUUUUUUAUUGCUGCAGCACACUAAAAAAUUCGCUGACAUUCUGACAUAAGGCAACUAUGUAAAGAACAUUUGAAUUCAAACCAGGACACAAAGAGCCGGAUUGUGCUUCACUUGCCAAUGGAGCAAGGAGCCAAUCGUCAGAGUCAGACAGGUCCAGUUAGUCUCUCGUCAUGUGGGAGAUCGGAUGCGCCAGACGGCGGCGUGAAUUGGCUGCACAGGCGCGCUUCGCCAGCCAUCGGCGGCGGUCGCCGAUACAGGACACGCUCGUCCGGCCGUGACCAGGCUGUGCGUGGUGACGUCAGUGACUCCGACUCCGACUGCAGUGGCACACGUUCGGAGGACAGUCGCAAGAGGAAGAGACGCGACUCCGAACCGGAGUCUCACAGCGCCCUCCAGGAGACAAGCUCUUCCGAGUCCGAAGUGGCGGCAACGGCGAUCUCGUCUGGUGUUCGCGGGGGGCGCAAGGACAAGCUUCAGGAGAAAUCUCAUCACGAACGUACGCGUAACGGCAUAGGGUCACCUCAGUGUCAGGUGUGUGGAAAAGCGUUUACCUACGUUAAAGGUCUCCGCACGCAUCAGGCAACCCAUUUGGGUGAGAAAUCACACAAAUGCGAUCUCUGUGGCAAAAGUUUUGUUAGGAAAGAUGUGUGCGUCAGGCAUCGCAGAACCCAUGCGGCGGAAAGGCCAAGGCUCCAUGACUGUCAGUAUUGUGGGAAAGAUUUUCCCGGGCCAAAUGAGCUAAAGAAACAUGUUGUCAUUCACUCCCAUGAACGACCCUAUGCGUGCGAUCUUUGUGAGAAGGCAUUUAUCUUGAAAGGCGAUUUGAAAAAGCAUCGCAGCACACAUACGAAUGAAAAGCCAUUUAAGUGCAAGGAGUGCAAACGGGGAUUCGCUAGAGGAACAACACUUCGGAAGCAUCUCAUGACCCACACUGGUGAAAAGUCACACAAGUGCGAGAUUUGUGGCCAACGCUUUUCCCGAAGAGAUGUCUUGUUAUUGCACGAACGCUGUCAUACUGGCGAGCUUCCUUUUGCAUGUGAUGUGUGUGGAAAGCGCUUCCAGCAAAAGAGCUAUUUAAUUAGCCAUUGCAACACCCGUAAAUGUGCUCGGUCGAGCUCAUCACCCAGUGAUGAUAGUGGUGUGGAGAAAUGACCACUACCAGAGGAUGUCGCACCAAGUGCCGUGAGUAAGACAAGUGAAAGAAACAGUGUUGCUUGACUUCCGAUCAUCACUUACAGGGUGCGUGUCACGUUCCCACUUGAAUUUUAGUCAUUGAAACGUCUUGUCGCUCGUGAGACGAUCAAUUCUAUACAGUGCGCUGGCUUGCCAUUCCCCUUUUGGGGGUAGCAGCCAUCUUUUGUUUGGUGUACCCUGCUUCCAUGUUGAAUUGGAGCCACGUGUGCACGAUUUGUCAGAGGUGUGGUACGUGGCCCCGUGCACUGCGAGGUGACGGUGCGUUUGGAGUGUGCGGGCUUGAGGUAUGGUCACGUGAAAGUGUGUGCCAACGUUCGCUGUGCAACUCAGGGCAUGUGGUCGCACAUAAUAAAAUGACAAUAUUUGUG